AUGGUGGCCGGGACCCGCUGUCUUCUAGUGUUGCUGCUUCCCCAGGUCCUCCUGGGCGGCGCGGCCGGCCUCAUUCCGGAGCUGGGCCGCAAGAAGUUCGCCGCGGCAUCCGGCCGCCCCUUGUCCCGGCCUUCGGACGACGUCCUCAGCGAGUUUGAGUUGAGGCUGCUCAGCAUGUUCGGCCUGAAGCAGAGACCCACCCCCAGCAAGGACGCCGUGGUGCCCCCCUACAUGCUGGACUUGUACCGCCGGCACUCGGGCCAGCCAGGAGCGCCCGCCCCGGACCACCGGCUGGAGAGGGCAGCCAGCCGCGCCAACACCGUGCGCAGCUUCCACCACGAAGAAGCCAUUGAAGAGCUACCAGAAAUGAGUGGUAAAACUGCCCGGCGCUUCUUCUUCAACUUGACUUCUGUCCCCACUGAAGAGUUCAUCACCUCUGCAGAACUCCAGAUUUUUCGGGAACAGAUACAGGAGACUUUGGGAAACAGUAGUUUUCAGCACCGAAUUAAUAUUUAUGAAAUUAUAAAGCCGGCGGCAGCCAGCUUGAAAUUUCCUGUGACCAGACUAUUGGACACCAGGUUAGUGAAUCAGAACGCAAGUCAGUGGGAGAGCUUCGAUGUCACCCCGGCUGUGAUGCGGUGGACUGCACAGGGACACACCAACCAUGGCUUUGUGGUGGAAGUGGCCCAUUUAGAGGAGAAACCAGGCGUCUCCAAGAGACAUGUGAGGAUUAGCAGGUCUUUGCACCCAGAUGAGCACAGCUGGUCACAGAUAAGGCCGUUGCUAGUGACUUUUGGCCACGAUGGAAAAGGACAUCCACUCCACAGAAGAGAAAAGCGUCAAGCCAAACACAAACAGCGGAAACGCCUCAAGUCCAGCUGCAAGAGACACCCUUUGUAUGUGGACUUCAGCGAUGUGGGCUGGAAUGACUGGAUUGUGGCUCCUCCGGGCUACCAUGCCUUUUACUGCCACGGGGAAUGCCCUUUUCCCCUGGCUGAUCACCUGAACUCCACUAACCAUGCCAUAGUGCAGACGCUGGUGAACUCUGUGAAUUCCAAGAUCCCUAAGGCAUGCUGUGUUCCCACAGAGCUCAGCGCAAUCUCCAUGUUGUACCUAGAUGAGAACGAGAAGGUGGUGCUCAAAAACUAUCAGGACAUGGUUGUGGAAGGUUGCGGGUGUCGUUAG